CAGACUUCUUACUGCGGCGGCCACGCUCCGCGGGUCGCGGAGGCGGGCAGAGGCGGAGCUGCAGGAGCCCAGCCCGGCGGCCCCAGGGGCGGUGGCAGCCUAGCAGGCGUCUCGCGGGGCCCGCUACGUUUUCCACAUUUCGUCUGUGAGGACCAGAGAGGAAGGAUGUCGUCGUCGUCGGGGCUUAAGGCCGAGCUGGAGUUCCUAGCUUCCAUCUUCGACAAGGACCACGAGCAGCUGCGCAUCGUGAGCUGGCAGCUGGAUGAGCUGCAGUGUCAGUUCCUGAUGCCGCCGGCGCCCGCGGCCAGCCAGCCCUCCUUGUCGCCGUCGCCGCCGCCCGGCCAGCCGCUCACGCUGCGGUGUACCAUCCCCGAGCCCUACUCAUCUUCUCCGCCGAUAUGGUUCGUGGACUCUGACGAUCCGGAUCUCACAUCGAUCCUGGAACGUCUGGAAGAUUCGAACACCAACGGUUCGCUACGUCAGCAGCUCAAGUGGCUCAUCCGUGAACUCUGCAGCUUAUAUAACCUGCCCGAGCACCUGGAUGUGGAGAUGCUGGAUCAGCCCGUCCCAAUCCCUCAGAGGGCGACCAUUGAAGAGGUGCCUUCGGAGGAUGAAGAGGAAGAUGGGGCUGACAGGCUGGAAGACUUGGAUCAUUAUGAGCUGAAGGAAGACGCUGCCAGUGAGAAAAAGUCAGAAGACGAAGGUCUGGAGAAGGAGCACUUGGCAAUCCUAGAGAAUAUUAGGAAGAACCAAAGGCAAGACUAUUUAAAUGGUACCGUGUCUGGGUCCGUGCAUGCUUCCAACAGACUUAUGAAAGAACUCAGAGAGAUCUACAGAUCGCAGAGUUAUAAAUCAGGGACUUACUCCGUGGAACUGAUCAACGACAGCUUAUACAACUGGCACGUCAAACUGAGGAAGGUUGACCCUGACAGUCCCCUGUACGGUGACCUUAAGCUCUUGAAAGAAAAUGAAGGCAUGGAGUAUAUUUUGCUGAACUUCUCCUUUAAGGAUAACUUUCCAUUUGAUCCUCCAUUCGUUCGCGUGGAGUCACCCGUUCUCUCUGGAGGGUAUGUCUUGGGCGGAGGGGCCUUGUGUAUGGAACUGCUCACGAAGCAGGGUUGGAGCAGCGCCUACUCCAUAGAAUCCGUCAUCAUGCAGAUCAAUGCUACCUUAGUCAAAGGCAAGGCCAGGGUGCGCUUUGGAGCAGAUAAGAAUCAAUAUAAUCUAGAGACAGCCCAACAGGCCUAUGACUCCGUGGUGCAGAUGCACGAGAAAAAGGGCUGGUUCACUCCUCCGAAGGAAGAUGGGUAAUUAGUUGACUGCCCCGGCACUUCGAACAAUGUAGCUUUUAAGGACACAAGCUUUGCCUAUCUUUGUAACAGUAGCUCGGUGGUGGUUUAGUGAGUUGUCUGUCAACUGAGCACCAGUAGAAGUGCCAACAUUUUCAUUUUGCUUACUGUGGGGGUCUUGGGCUGGACUGUGAACCUUUACCGUGCUUUUCCCUGAUAAGUAAUCACCGCGUGCAUUCUUUGUCGUCUGUUUUCCUUGAUUCAGUGAAAUCUGUUAAGUAGACCAAUCAGUUGUGGCGUUAUAGAUAAUUUUCUUUUAUUGGGGGGGAGGGGGCGGGGGAGACUAUAAUGGGGAUUUGCCAACUCUUGUUCUGUUUAAAGCC